CUUAACUAAGGAAUGUACUAUGUUUGUAAGGGAUGCGAUAAUUGCUGUCGUAGCUGUUGUAGAUGUUGCGAAGUAAAUAUUUUCAUAUAACUCCAAGGAAUGUUGUGGAGAAUGUUGCGAUGCAAUUUCAAAUUGUUUUUCUACACCUUUCUCAUUUUGUACUUUCAUUACUUUUUUUGUCUCAAUAAUUCCAUUCAUCAUAAUGAUAGUAGCAUUAAUACAGAGUUCUGAUUUUGAUUGUCAAGAAAACAUAAAGACUUUUCUAAUAAUUUAGGGGAUCAAUAAUUUGGUAAACUUUUUGUUCUGUCUCUACAUAACAUUUCACUAUGGCUAUUACGGUAAAUAUAAAGUGGAGAACUAAAAAACAUUUUGGGAAUAAACAGUGGAUCUAAUCCUAUACGAUUGGUUUGUUUGCAUAUACAUAUUUGCACUAAUCUUCUUUGUAAUUUGGCUCAUAAUAUGCUUCUCAGCAGCUAACAACGAGGUAUUCAGAUAAUCAUAAUUAAGCCCGAUAUCUCCCCUUGUCGACAAUAAAAUAAUGGGUUCUUAAUGACUGCAUUAACAAUCAACUUAAUAUGCAUGAUAGUGUACUUAGUGGUUGGAUUUUUGAUUUUUAUCAUUACUGUCAUUUUGUACUCAUGCGAUGAUGGCAGUUGUAGUUGCGGAGGCUGUGUAAAUAAUUCUUUUAAUUCUUAGUUCAGAUGUUGUUGCCUAAUUAUGACCUGUGGAUUGUGCGAUGUGGGAAAGGACAAGAAGAAAUACUCAAAGGAAUACACGGAACAAAAAAAGGCUAAGUACAAUGAAGGAAGAAAGGGUUGGUUGCAAUCUGGAAAGAGAUUAUUCGGAUUUCUCUCUCUUGGAAGAGCAAAUCCUAGAAUGAACUAAAUGAAUACGAAUAUGGAUCAAUAAUAACAAAAUCAAUACUAUCAACCACCGUAGCAAUAACCAAACUAUCAAUAACCGAGACCUGUUCAUUAGGAUAGAUCAGUAUCAUAUUCUAUUUAGCUUAGUUCUUUGAUAAAUUGUCGGAUUGUUUCAAAGGCAAUGAUAAUAACAAUCCCCCCCCACAAAGACCUCAAUAAUAGCAGUAUCAACAACAAGUUUACAUCUAGUAACAACCCAAUAUUCCGUAGACUAACAAUUAUCAAUAACCAUAUCAGCAAGCUUAUCAAUAACCAUAUCAAUAUUAAUAACAGCCAUAUCCACAAUAGCAGUAUUCAUAGCCACCGUAAUAUCAACCUAAUUAUUAAUAUCCUUAGCAAUAAUAAAAUGGAUGGGGAAAAUGA